AUGGCCAACAAGAGAAAGGCUGCUGCCAUGUCCAAGGCAGAAGAAGAUGAGCCUGUUGAUCCCUCUGAUGAGUUGGUCUUUAUCGGUCUUGGGGGCUGUCAAGAGGUUGGUCGAUCAUGUCAUAUUCUCCAAUAUAAGGGCAAGACUAUCAUGCUCGAUGCUGGUAUGCAUACGGGUCGCGAGGGGAUGUCCGCUAUGCCCUACUUCGAUGAUUUCGACCUUUCCACCGUCGAUAUUCUCUUGAUCAGCCAUUUUCAUCUCGACCAUGCGGCAGCCCUCCCUUAUGUCCUUGCAAAAACAGACUUCAAAGGCCGAGUUUUUAUGACACAUCCAACCAAAGCAAUCUACAAAUGGCUCAUACAAGAUUCUGUCCGAGUCAGCAACACCUCCUCCACCUCCGACCAAAGAACGAGUCUAUACACAGAAGCCGACCAUGUCUCCACCCUUCCCCAAAUCGAAACCAUUGAUUUUUACACUACGCACACAGUAUCUGGUGUCCGGAUAACGCCAUAUCCGGCUGGACAUGUGCUGGGAGCUGCAAUGUUUCUUAUAAACAUUGCCGGUCUAAAUAUCUUCUUCACAGCGGACUACUCCAGAGAGCAAGAUCGCCAUCUUGUAGCAGCAGAGGUCCCAGAUGUCGCCACAGUCGGCAAGAUUGAUGUGCUCAUCACAGAGUCCACGUUCGGAAUUUCAAAUGCUCCUCCUCGAGCAGAGAGAGAAACAGCCUUACUGAAGGCGGUCUCCAACAUCAUCAAUCGCGGUGGCAAAGUUCUCAUGCCCGUCUUCGCUUUAGGCCGAGCUCAAGAGCUUUUGCUCAUCCUCGAAGACUAUUGGCAACGCCAUCCUGAGCUGCAGAAGUUUCCAAUCUAUUACACUGGUAAUACGGCUCGAAAGUGCAUGGUUGUCUAUCAGACAUACAUCAAUGCUAUGAAUGACAAUAUCAAACGUAUUUUCCGUGAACGCAUGGCUGAAGCUGAAGCUGCUGGCAAUGCAAAAGGAGUCAGUGCUGGCCCAUGGGAUUUCCGCUUCGUACGAAGCUUGCGUAAUCUAGAUCGAUUUGAUGAUGUGGGCGGGUGUGUGAUGUUGGCGUCUCCGGGUAUGUUACAGUCAGGAAUGUCUCGAGUUCUACUUGAGAGGUGGGCACCAGAUCAGCGAAAUGGUGUAGUCAUGACUGGUUACAACGUGGAAGGUACCAUGGCAAGAACAAUUCUAUCCGAGCCAGAAAUGAUCCCAGCAAUCAUGAGUGGAGGUGGAGGCGGGCCUCCCCAAGCCAUGGGUCGACGAAAGGACGAUGGUGCUGCAGUAAUGAUACCAAGAAGAUGCACUGUUGAAGAGUUCCAAUUUGCGGCACACGUCACUGGAGUCGAGAACGUCGAGUUUAUCGAACAAGUUGCUUCACCUCAUGUCAUCCUAGUCCAUGGCGAACGAUCACAAGCUGCUAGACUGAGAUCUAGGCUAUUGGAUCUUAACACACGACGCUUGGCGAACAACCCCAACGCACACCAAACCAAGGUAUACAGCCCAGAAAAUGGUGCCGAAGUCAAGAUUCCGUUCAAGAAAGAUAAAAUUGCCAAAGUUGUGGGCAAACUCGCUCAGAUUAACCCUCCCGCCAGCGACACAGAUGAGUCAAGGGUCGUCAGUGGUGUACUAGUUCAGAACGGCUUCAAGCUAAGUCUCAUGGCACCAGAGGAUCUACGAGAAUAUGCAGGUCUCACGACAACUACGAUUAUCUGUCGUCAACACAUCACUCUUGCAGCUGCAGGCAUUGAUCUGAUACGAUGGGCGCUCGAAGGGACAUUUGGGAGCAUAGAGGAGGUCGGAAAGGCCAAGCAAGAGCCCAAUGGCACCACAAAUAGCCACGACUCCCAAGAUGGCCACAAGGACGAGCAGGAGGAAGCAGACGAGGAAAUUAUUGCUGAACCACAGCGGACUUUCCUCAUCAUGGGCUGUAUUACCCUUGAGUGGUCUGGCCGUGAGAAACAGAUCGAACUGGAAUGGGAAGGGAACACUAUGAACGACGGAAUUGCAGACGCAGUCAUGGCUGUACUGAUGACAGUAGAGAGCAGUCCUGCGGCUGUCAAAUACUCCUCUAGCAAGUGCGCACAUUCACAUCACGCUCACGCUCAAGAGAUUGGUACGAAGCCUUUACGAAACCAACAUGCAAACAUUGCCCCCGAAGAUCGAUUUUCAAGGUUGUGCCUGUUCCUCGAAGAACAAUUUGGAGAUGGCGUUACACCAAUUGAGAAGCCGAAGAUACAACAUGCAAAUUCCAAGGCUGUUGAAUCCAAGAAAGAGGAGCAAGGAUCUGGAGAUGAGGAUGAAAGUGAAGAUGACACCGAGAGCGCAGAGAUAGAUGAACGCGCAAGACUGGCGGCAUUAGGAAUCCCUGUUCCCGGACUCGAAAUCAAGUUUGACAAACACGUGGCCAAGCUGUGGUUGGAAGAUCUCGAGGUGGAAUGUGCGAACAGCAUCUUGCGUGAUCGUAUCAAGGCGAUCGUCGAGAGAGCCGUGGAGACUGUAGCUCCGUUGUGGAACGCCAGGGAGCAGGUCACGGCAUGA